AUGGCAGACGAAAAGAAAAUCGCCGAGUUUUCUGAAAGUCAGCUCAGCAGGAGUGAUGAUGAAGGCCAAGAAAUAGCCUGGACGGAAGCGGAGGAGAAGGCAUUGGUUCGGAGGAUCGACCUCCUUGUUAUGCCGCUUCUCAUACUCGGCUUCUUCGCCCUGCAGCUUGACAGAGGCAACAUUGGCAAUGCGUUGACGGAUUACUUUCUCCAAGAUGUGGGCAUCACACAGUUUCAGUUCAACAUUGGCCAGCAGCUGCUGUCUGCCGGUAUUGUCCUGCUUGAGAUUCCCAGCAACCUGAUUCUUUACAGAGUUGGACCAGCCGCUUGGAUCGGUGGGCAGAUUGUUGCUUGGGGUCUUGUGGCUGCCUUUCAAGCUUUCCAGAAGGGAUUGGGUCCAUAUCUUGCAACGCGUUUACUACUCGGACUCUGCGAGGCCGGCUUCAUCCCUGCCGGACUCUUUACAAUCACGCGCUGGUAUAAACGCGACGAGACAUCGACACGGUUCUCGGCCUACUUCAUUGGCAACAUGCUGGCUGGCGCAUGCUCCGGCCUCAUUGCUUAUGGAAUCCUACACAUGAGAGGGAUAGGUGGUCUAGCCGGAUGGCAAUGGCUGUUCCUGCUCGAGGGUCUGUUCACAAUCCUCAUCGGCGUCCUAUUCAUCACGCUCUUCCCACGAUCUUCCGGCAACCCCGUCUCCCUUCUCAAAUUUCGAUAUUUUAGCGAGCGCGAGGCACAGAUCCUACAGCAACGGGUUCUCCGUGAUGACCCAACCAAGUUCCAGCCUCGCCGGAGUGUCAGCUGGGCUGAAGCUAGGGCCACCUUUACCAACUGGCGACUCCUUCCUCACAUCUUAGUGACACUCACAUGUUUGGCGCCGGCAACCACUAUGGGCUCGUACGCCCCAUCGCUUGUCGUCUCGUUUGGGUUCGACCGGCUAAAGUCGAACGCUAUGGUGUCUAUUGGCGCUUGGUGUUUGAUCAUCACCAACCUACUGUCGGGCUCCAUUGCCGACAAGACGGGACGCAGGGGUCCCGUGGUGUUCUUGGGUAUCUUUAUUCUUUGGGGGCUCACGCUCGGGAAUCGCCUUCUUGUUGACUCCACGAACGGCAACCUCAGAUUCGGCGUGCUUACCGCAGGCAUCGCAUUCCAAGCUACAUUCCACGCCGUGCACGGGUCUUGGCUGGCCCUCAAUGCAAGGACGGCCGGCGAACGAUCCAUCACCAUGGCGCUCUUCAUCAUGAGCGCGAAUCUUUCGGGCAUCAUCGGGAGCCAACUCUUCCAGGCGACGGAUGCUCCGCUGUAUAAGAUGGGGUGGACCGUCAUCCUAGCGUUGAUCUCGGUUGCGGUGGUCAUGUCCAUUGCCGCGAAUGUGCAGUACUGGGUGCUUAACCGGGUCCAGAAGCGAGUGGGCGAGAAAAGAUACCAUUAUUAA